CAUCGGUCAGACCGCUCUGCCCUCCUACAGCCUCCCUCUCUACCCUGGCAGAUCCAUGCUGCUGGAUGCUCCUCACAGAGCCACACCCGAACCAUGAGCGCCAACGGGCCCACCCCCGACCCAGUCCCAGCCCCCACGGCCCCAGUAGCGCCUCCCGCCGCUACCCCUGCUCCAGCUCCAGCUCCGGCCCCGGCGGCGCCCGCUCCUCCUGCCCCGCCUGCCCCGGCGACCACCACUAUCCCAGUAGGUGCGUUGGCACAGAAGAAGCGGCAGCAGUAUGCCAAAAGCAAGAAACAGGGCAGUAAUGCAAACAGCAGGCCACCAAGGGCUCUGUUCUGCCUCAAACUCAACAACCCCGUACGCAGGGCCUGCAUCAGCCUGGUGGAGUGGAAGCCAUUUGAUAUAUUUAUAUUAAUUGCCAUUUUUGCCAACUGUAUGGCCUUAGCUGUCUACGUCCCUUUCCCUGAAGAUGAUUCAAACUCCAUAAACCACGACCUGGAAACCGUUGAGUAUGCCUUCCUCAUCAUUUUCACAAUCGAGACCUUUCUGAAGAUUAUCGCUUAUGGUCUGGUGAUGCACCAGAACGCGUACGUGAGAAACGGUUGGAACAUGCUGGAUUUUGUCAUUGUCGUCAUAGGACUCUUCAGUGUUGUCUUGGAGCUUUUGACCAAAGAGGAUAAGCCAGAAGGGGACGGACUCGAGCUCCAUCCGUCGAUGCACGGCCAUGGAGGUAAACCAGGUGGAUUCGACGUUAAAGCCCUUCGAGCCUUCCGUGUGCUGCGACCCCUGCGGCUGGUCUCAGGAGUACCCAGUUUACAGGUGGUGUUGAACUCCAUCAUUAAAGCCAUGGUCCCUCUUCUUCACAUUGCUCUGCUGGUCUUGUUUGUUAUUAUCAUCUAUGCUAUUAUCGGCCUGGAGCUUUUCAUUGGGAAAAUGCACGCAACCUGCUAUAUGCCUGGAUCAGAAAUGACAGCAGAGGACGACCCGGCUCCAUGUGCGAUCUCAGGUCACGGGCGCCAAUGCCCCAUCAACGGCACAGUGUGCAGGGAGGGCUGGCAGGGUCCCAACGGUGGCAUCACCAACUUCGACAACUUCCUGUUCGCCAUGCUGACGGUGUUUCAGUGCAUCACCAUGGAGGGCUGGACGGACGUGCUGUACUGGAUGAACGAUGCUAUGGGCUUAGAGCUUCCAUGGGUGUACUUUGUCAGUCUUGUGAUCUUCGGCUCCUUUUUCGUUCUUAACCUGGUUUUGGGUGUGUUGAGCGGAGAGUUUUCCAAGGAGAGAGAGAAGGCCAAAGCUCGUGGAGACUUCCAGAAGCUGCGCGAGAAGCAGCAGCUGGAGGAGGAUCUGAAGGGUUACCUGGACUGGAUCACUCAGGCUGAAGACAUCGACCCCGAGGACGAGGCCGAUGAGGAGACCAAGCGCAACCGGGUGACUCUGGCUGACCUUACUGAGAAGAAGAAAGGAAGGUUUGGGUGGUUCAGCCAGUCGUCCGACACUCAUGCGAGCGUCCCGGCCAGCGAAACGGAAUCUGUGAACACAGAGAAUCAGAACGGGGAGGAGGAAAAGACGCCGUGCUGCGGAGCUCUGUGUCAAAAAAUUUCGAAGUCUAAGUGCAGUCGGCGCUGGCGCCGCUGGAACAGAUUCUGCCGCAGGAAGUGCCGGUUGGCUGUUAAAUCGGUGCCUUUCUAUUGGUUGGUCAUCAUCUUGGUGUUCCUCAACACCCUCACCAUAUCAUCAGAGCAUUACAACCAGCCGUCGUGGCUGACACAAGUGCAGGAUGUGGCCAACAAAGUGCUGUUAGCCAUGUUCACGUGUGAGAUGUUGGUGAAGAUGUACAGUCUGGGGCUACAGGCCUACUUCGUGUCACUGUUCAACCGCUUCGACUGCUUCGUGGUGUGUGGAGGAAUCACUGAAACCAUUCUGGUGGAGUUGGAAAUCAUGUCUCCCCUCGGUAUCUCUGUGUUCCGCUGUGUGCGUCUGCUGAGGAUCUUCAAGGUCACACGUCACUGGCAGUCCCUGAGUAACCUGGUAGCAUCGUUGCUCAACUCCAUGAAGUCCAUCGCCUCCCUGCUGCUGCUGCUCUUCCUCUUCAUCAUCAUCUUCUCCCUGCUGGGCAUGCAGGUGUUUGGCGGAAAGUUCAACUUUGACGAAACUCAGACCAAGAGGAGCACGUUUGACAACUUUCCCCAAUCUCUUCUGACAGUGUUUCAGAUCCUGACCGGCGAAGAUUGGAACGCUGUCAUGUACGAUGGCAUCAUGGCGUACGGAGGCCCUUCGUCCUCUGGGAUGAUUGUGUGCUUUUACUUCAUCAUCCUCUUCAUCUGUGGAAACUAUAUCCUGCUGAAUGUCUUCUUGGCUAUCGCUGUGGACAACUUGGCAGAUGCAGAGUCUCUUAACACAGACGGAGCAGACAAAGGGGGAAAAAAGGAGGAGGAAAAAGAGGAAAAGGAAGAGGAAGAGGACAAUGAUGACACGGCAGCGGAGGAGGAGGAUCCAGAGGUACCGUCGGGGCCUCGGCCCGUCCUCUCUGAUCUGGUGAAGAAAGAGAAGAUCACUCCUAUCCCAGAGGGAAGUGCCUUCUUCAUCUUCAGCACCACGAACCCGGUGCGCGUGUUUUGCCACAAACUCAUAAAUCAUCACAUCUUCACCAACCUCAUCCUGGUGUUCAUCAUGCUGAGCUCCGUCUCACUCGCCGCUGAGGAUCCCAUCCGGAACUUCUCCGCUCGCAAUAUUAUACUUGGUUACUUUGACUAUGCUUUCACGGCUAUCUUUACUGUUGAGAUCGUAUUGAAGGUCCUAGGCUAUGCAGAUUAUGUCUUCACUAGUAUGUUUACAUUUGAGAUCAUAUUGAAGAUGACCACGUACGGAGCUUUCCUCCAUAAAGGUGCAUUUUGUAGGAAUUAUUUCAACCUGCUCGACCUCUUGGUGGUGGGAGUGUCCCUUGUCUCCUUUGGCAUUCAAUCCUCAGCCAUCUCAGUGGUGAAGAUUCUGAGGGUCCUCCGUGUUCUUCGGCCCCUGAGGGCCAUCAACAGGGCCAAAGGCCUGAAGCACGUGGUGCAGUGUGUGUUUGUGGCCAUCAGGACCAUCGGUAACAUCAUGAUCGUCACCACUCUGCUCCAGUUCAUGUUCGCCUGUAUAGGGGUGCAGCUGUUCAAGGGAAAGUUCUAUCGCUGCACAGAUGAAGCCAAGUCCAAUGCAGAGGAGUGCAAGGGCACCUACAUCCUGUAUAAGGACGGAGACGUGAACCAGCCGACCAUCCACAAACGAAUGUGGCACAACAGCGACUUUAAUUUUGACAACGUCCUGAUGGCGAUGAUGGCUCUGUUCACUGUGUCCACUUUUGAAGGCUGGCCUUCGUUACUGUACAAGGCCAUCGACUCCAACAGGGAGAACCUCGGCCCCAUUUACAACUACCGCGUGGAGAUUUCUAUCUUCUUCAUCAUCUACAUCAUCAUCAUCGCCUUCUUCAUGAUGAACAUCUUCGUAGGUUUUGUGAUCGUCACAUUUCAGGAGCAGGGAGAGAAAGAGUACAAAAACUGUGAACUGGACAAGAACCAGCGUCAGUGUGUGGAGUACGCUUUGAAGGCUCGUCCACUGAGGCGGUACAUACCUAAGAACCCGUACCAGUACAAGUUCUGGUAUGUGGUGAACUCCACUGGGUUUGAAUACAUCAUGUUCGUGCUCAUCAUGCUCAACACGCUCUGCCUGGCUGUGCAGCAUUAUGGUCAGUCAGCGACAUUUAACUAUGUCAUGGAUAUUCUCAAUAUGGUCUUCACUGCUGUCUUCACUGUGGAAAUGGUUCUGAAACUCAUCGCUUUCAAACCCAGGCACUAUUUCGCUGAUGCUUGGAACACUUUUGAUGCCUUAAUUGUGGUUGGUAGCGUCGUCGAUAUUGCUAUCACUGAAGUGAAUAAACUUGUAGAGCCAACAGAGACUCCUCAGGUGGAUGAGAUGGGGAACACAGAGGACAGCGCUCGCAUCUCAAUCACCUUCUUUCGUCUGUUCCGAGUCAUGCGGCUGGUUAAGCUGCUCAGCAGAGGGGAGGGCAUCCGCACCCUGCUGUGGACUUUCAUCAAAUCCUUUCAGGCUCUGCCAUACGUUGCUCUUCUGAUCGCCAUGCUGUUCUUCAUCUACGCUGUCAUCGGAAUGCAGGUGUUUGGAAAGGUUGCGAUGGUGGACGGCACACACAUAAACAGAAACAACAACUUCCAGACCUUCCCUCAGGCCGUGCUCCUGCUCUUCAGGUGUGCCACCGGAGAGGCGUGGCAGGAGAUCAUGUUGGCCUGUAUAGCGGGCAAACUGUGCGACCCAGAGUCCGACUACGGUCCCGGGGAGGAGAUGACCUGUGGCAGCGGAUUUGCGAUCAUUUACUUCAUCACGUUCUACAUGCUCUGCGCCUUCUUGAUCAUCAAUUUGUUUGUGGCUGUCAUCAUGGACAACUUUGACUAUUUGACACGUGAUUGGUCCAUUCUCGGUCCUCACCACCUGGAUGAGUUCAAGAGAAUCUGGUCGGAGUACGACCCAGAGGCCAAAGGCAGGAUCAAGCAUCUGGAUGUGGUGACUCUCCUCCGUCGCAUUCAGCCGCCUCUUGGCUUCGGCAAACUGUGUCCUCACAGAGUGGCCUGCAAGAGGCUGGUAGCCAUGAACAUGCCUCUGAACAGCGACGGCACAGUCAUGUUUAACGCCACCCUGUUUGCCCUGGUGCGAACGGCCCUGAAGAUCAAAACAGAGGGUAAUCUGGAGCAGGCCAACGAAGAGCUGCGGGCCGUCAUCAAGAAGAUCUGGAAAAGAACCAGCAUGAAGCUUCUGGAUCAAGUGGUGCCUCCUGCUGGUGAUGAUGAGGUAACCGUGGGGAAGUUCUAUGCCACCUUCCUGAUACAGGACUACUUUAGGAAAUUCAAGAAACGUAAAGAGGAAGGCCUGGUGGGUGCUCACCCCUCGCAGAACAACACGGCCAUCGCUCUGCAGGCUGGCCUUCGCACGCUGCAUGAUAUCGGGCCCGAAAUUCGCCGAGCGAUAUCAUGCGAUCUGCAGGAUGACGAGCUAGUAGACUUUAUUCCCGAGGAAGACGAGGAAAUUUAUAGGCGUAACGGCGGCCUCUUCGGUAACCAUCUCAUGAACGGUGGUCACCGGCGCUCCAACGGCCAUCAGACCAACGCAACACAGCGCCCCCUGCAGGUGCAGCCUCCGCCUCACUAUGCCCACAUGGAGCAGCCGGUGGGACGCCUGUCUCGAGCCAACGCCAUGUCCCAGCCCAACCACCAUCAUCACCACCACCACCAUCACAACCGGCACCACAACUCCUAUGGCAAGUCUCCCAAAUCCACCAACAUCAACCUCAACAACGCCAACAAGUCCAGUUUGCCCAAUGGAGGACACCACCGCUACUAUGAGCACGCUCCUCCCAAUGGCUACCCAGGUCUACGCAACUCCUACUACGAGUACGACAAGCCCCGGACACCCCAGGGUCAAAGAAGGCGCUACUAUGAGACCUAUGUUAGGUCCAACGGAGGGGAUGCCCGCCAUCCCACCAUCCGCAGGGAGGAGGAGCUGGAUGAAGAUCGCUUAUCUGGGGAGUAUUACAGUGGGGAGGAGUUUUAUGAGGAUGACAGUAUGCUGUCAGGGGAAAGGUUUCCAAACAGUGACACAGAGUAUGAGACUCCCAAAGGUUACCACCACCCUGACACCUACUAUGACGACGACGAGCAGCCGCUCUACCGCGACUCGCGGAGGUCACCAAAGAGACGGCUGCUUCCUGCCACACCUCAAGGCCACAGGAGGCCAUCCUUCAACUUUGAGUGUCUGCGCAGACAAAGUAGCCAGGACGAGCUUCCACAUCAGCGCACUGCUCUUCCACUGCACCUUAUGCAGCACCAGGUAAUGGCUGUAGCAGGCCUGGACUCCAGCAGAGCCCACCGCCUCUCCCCGACCCGCUCCACCCGCUCCUGGGCAACUCCCCCUGCCACCCCGGCUAGUAAAGACCAGUCGCCAUACUACACCCCUCUAAUCCGUGUGGACCACCCCCACAGGGAGAGUGUCGCUAGCAGCCAAGUGUCCGUGCGUAAGAGCUCCUGGUACACAGACGACCCCGACUUCUCCCAGAGGAUGUACUCACCUGUCCAUCUGCAGGUGCCACCUGAAUACCACAGCCAGUACCACCAGAAGAGAGGCAGCGCCACCAGCCUGGUGGAAGCGGUUUUGAUAUCUGAAGGUCUUGGGAGAUACGCCCAGGAUCCCAAGUUUGUUGCCGCCACAAAGCACGAGAUAGCAGACGCGUGUGAGAUGACGAUUGACGAGAUGGAGAGCGCAGCCAGCCAUCUACUGAACGGUGGGAUAGCCCGGGGCGUCAACGGGGUCAAUGUGUUUCCCCUUCUGACACCAAGGGACUAUGAACUGCAGGACACUGCAGCCAGCUACAGCGACGAGGAGCCAGAGACAGAACUCAGAGCUCCUUACGAGGAGGACCUGGCAGACGAGAUGAUCUGCAUCACGACUUUAUAGCAGUGGCUAUAAAGAAAUCUGCAAAUUAGAACCUUUGUGACACUACAACCCGUGAAACUACGAAAAAAAGAGUAAUGCACCUGUUGGCUCCAACCAAAAGAAGUGCCUUUUACCGUGAAGAGAAAAGGCAUACUGAGGAAACACACGUAGUCCCGUUCAUUUAAUUAUUCUCCGCCUGCCAGCAUGAGGACGUCAGAGCGCAGAGCCACACACCAUUCCCACUGUACACAGAGGGAGUCGGCUUAACCCUCUCGUCAAAAAGGCCUUGACCUGGAGGUGACAUACUGCUUCCGCCUGCGGCCAGUCACAGACAAGGACAGUGAUGCCAUUGAAAGAUGGACCAAUUGGCAAAGGUGUGAGACGCUGUAUAGGGCGGGUCUCUAAGGGUGAUGACAAUCAGAUGUACGAUGUCAUUGCCUCAGUCACUUUAUUAAGGUUCAGCAUAUCAUGCAAGUUUUCAAUGCAAGCAUAGAAAGGCAUAUCUCCUCCUUAGUUGUUGGAACGAGUUGAUCCCUCUGUUGUUGGAACAGAUUGUGAAACAGUCGCUGCAGCCGAGUCAAAAAAGCGUAGAAGCACCAGUAGAGUUUUACCAGAUUUAUGCAGGAACAAACUGUCCUACUUAAAGCAUCACUCAACUUGAGCUAUGUACUUUUGAAGCGACAAACGCAUUUGUGAUAAAUGCACUAGCCGGCAGGUUAUUUUAAAUUUUAGAAUAUCCUGAUUAAUAUUUCAUAGUUGAUAUGCUGUAAAUUGUAUUAUACAACAAAAGAAACUUUGUAAAGAGAUAUUCUAUAUUUUGUAAUUAUGUAUCAUUUAAAAGAUCAGCAAUAUGGACCCUUGUGACUCCCGUUAUGCUAUAAAGGUCAUUUGCAUUUUAUUAGGUACAAUAUUCUGAAUUUCUUUGCCUUUUGUUUCUUUGCUAAUAUGCACCCUUUGUUUUGCCUAUGAAACGGCAGUUCAAGAGGUUCCACUUGUGCGACCACACUGCUGCACAAGAUAUGCAAAUGGCUUUGAUUUCUCAGCAUCAUGUGCUACUUCAUCAAACCAACACCAGUUGCAUAAGGUUAAGUCCCCUUUAAAGGAGAGUUUUUCAAAAGCAAGCCUCAAGGAUCCAGUGCCGAAAUUUUAUACAGAUGUGACGAACACAUUUGUUUUACAUCUUUUGUGCAGGGCAUGCACGAGAAUUUAAUGCUGCUUUUUUGAGUUGGUUUUCAGAAUCUAACUUUUCGGUUUCGUCAGCCCCAGCUGAAAUGCCUUUUUGCUGCUGAAAGGAAGAAAAAUGACAGAUGGUGAUAACAGGGAUAAAAAUUAAUAUUUCUCAUAGCGUGUGCUGGGAUUUUCCAUGAAUCUGUGUUGAGCAUGGUGUGAUUCCAUAAAAAAAUGUAAAAAAUAAAACCUUUGUACUCUAUCUUCACAGUUAAAUCUUAGUCUUCAUGUAGUGUGCGUGGCCCAUGGUGGCAGGAGGCGGCGCAUGCACACAUCCAAAGGUCAGAAACAGCCCCAAAUGCUUUGUACAUGGAAGGACAGAGGGUUUCCUGCUGUCAGGACACUGGAGAGAGGCUUAGCAAUACACCCCCCCCCCCCCCCCCCUUCCCGCCCCUUUCUCUCUCAGUCUGCCUGGUUCCUGCUUACAGAAUACCUCGUUAGGCAACGGUGACAACAUAUCAUUGUCUCAACCUGUCUGUCUGUCCACAGUGGAGUGUGAAAGAGAUUACUUAGGGUUGAACUUAGACUUUGUGUUUUUUACUCUAAUCUGAGACCAGGAUGGAGAAACUCCCCCUGGAUGCAUGAAAAGGAGCGACUGACGCCCGCAAGUUGGAACCCAAACAACAAAACAUCUCUUAUUGGUUAUCACUUAUCGAUCACAACGUGGCUAAUGGACUAAAAUACCUAAAUGGGCUUUUUCAGGCAUUACCAUGGAGAGUGUGAAUUAUCCUCAAGGAUAUUUAGGGUGAUCUGUUGUUCAUGAGUGUUUGAUUGGCAGGCGAGUGCAGACUGUGCUCUAACUCCACCGAACACUGUCAUGAAAAUGUAGGUUUUCCACUUUGUGUGCACAUUGAAAGGGCUCUUUGAAUUGUUUGUGAGUAAAAAAAAAAAAGAAGUGCUCUAGUCCUUUUUGUUGACGACCGUCACAUAAAAAGGACCAAUGCACAAAACAGGCACAUUGUACUAUUCGUAGCAAUUACAGUACUGAUGAACUGAAGAUAUGCAUCGUUUUGUAAACACUUUUAAAAGUUGUGUUAAACUAAAGAUGAAAAAUAACUUACUUUUACCUCAUGUCAGGGAUUCCUGAAAAAAAGAGAAUAAAUGAUUUGGUUCAGUCUAUACCAAUGGUAUUUAAAUAUUAGCACAUAGCUGUUUGUCUUUGCACAAGUAACUGUAUAGUGCUUUUGUUUCUCUUUUUUCUAAACAGAUUUGUGUAUUAAGGUGAGAAGAUUUUGUACUUUUUGUGACCGUGUGUAUGGUUUAGUGGAAUCUAUAUUUGUCAUUUACACCACACCUGCUGGGAAUGAAAGAGUAGAAAAAAAUAUUUUCAAGGUGCACUGUUCCUCUGAUCAAGGGAGGGGGGAAAAAAUAUAACGGUAAAGAACAGUUUACAGAGAAACACAUUGAGUUGAACAUUUCUUUUAGUUUUCUUCAUAUUGUUCUCAUUCUAAUUACUAUAACAACUAUUAAUGUUCUGAAAGCUGUAUUUAGAUAGAAGAUAAUGUAACAUAUGUACAAAAGUAUGGAAAGACCCAUGGUAAUGUUCUCUACUUGAAAGUCUUGAUAUUUGCUCCUUAAUGUUUUUAUUCAGUACAACAUGAUUUCUCUUAGUAGCAAAUGCUUUACUAUAACCUUCUAGGUUUUGUAUAAAUACUUUUUUUAUUUAUUUUGGCCUUGACUUUAUUUGAAUCGA